AUGCGGGGGGGCUUGAUCGGAGGCUUCUGCUUCCUUGCCUUCCUGUUAUCUUCGGGUACCAAAGGUCAAAACUUAUUGUAUUCCAACGAUGUAUUACAAGGAGGAAAUAACUUGAUCGCAUGCUCAAAGGAGUAUGAACUUCACAAUAUCUGGUCACCGAUAUACGAUUGUAUGGUUUGUGUUUGUGUAAGGGAGGGCUGGUCUCUGAUACCAGUCUGUGUUACUUGUAACACGUGUGCUAGACCACCGAUAGCCCCGCCACCACCUCCUCCUCCACCACUCUUACCACCAAUGCCGCCUUCAAUAAUUCCGGAGCAACCUAUGAUCGACUUAUUCCCACCGCUUCCCCCUCCUAUCUUAAUGCCCGAACAACAAAUAUAUGAUAUAUAUCCACCACCACCACCACCUCCUUUACCACAACCGUCACCACCGCACUUUAUUUUACCGGAUCAACCGGAAUAUGAAAUAUUACCGCCUCCUUUGCCACCGCCUCAGCCACCUCUUCUUGUGCCUGAACAACCAAUCUAUGAAAUAUUACCACAACUACCGCCGACGCCUCUGCCACCACCGCCACCACCACCACCGAUAUUACCACCUCUGCCACCACCUCUACCGAUACCACCACCCCCUGAGCCAGAAUCUCAAGGUAUCGAACCACCGAUUCCGGGAGGAGACGAUGAAGAUAACUUGUCUAGUAUAUCGGAAGAAUUACUAAUGAAAUAA